ACCCCUCUCUGAGCCAGCAGGCAAUCACACAAAGCACAAAAGAUCAUGAAGAUCAACAAUAACACCUUAGUCACUUCCUUCAACUCCUCAACCCUAUUUCAGGGCUCUCAAGACAUGGUCUCAAUUGAAUUACCAUUAAUUCUUUUGAGCUUUUCCUUCUCUACUGUUCUUCUCACGGCUUUGUUGUUCUUUCUUUUUGUCAAGAACAAAUCCAAACCCAUUGGUAACAAGAGCAAAUUACCACUUCCUCCUGGCCCAAAACCAUGGCCGAUAGUUGGAAAUCUCCCCGAAAUGCUCUCAAACAAACCAAUAUCCCAAUGGAUACACAACCUUAUGGAUGAAAUGAACACUGAAAUAGCUUGUAUUCGUCUAGGAAAAGUUCAUGUUAUUACAGUUACUAGUCCUGAAUUGGGACGAGAGUUCUUGAAGAAACAAGAUGCUAUUUUCUCAUCUAGACCUAUUUGCAUGGCCGCUGAUCUUGCUAGUAACGGAUACUUAUCGGUAGCUCUAGUCCCCUCCGGCGAACAAUGGAAAAAAAUGAGGAGAAUCCUCGCUUCUGAGGUGCUUUCUCAGGCGAAACACCGGUGGCUUCAAGGCAAAAGAGACGAAGAAGCUGAUAACCUUGUUCGUUACGUGUAUAACCAGUGCAAAAUCACCAUGGAAGGCGGAGUAGUGAAUGUGAGAAUUGCUACUCAGCAUUACUGUGGAAAUGUGAUAAGGAAAAUGAUAUUUGGAAAGAGGUUUUUCGGAAAAGGAAUGGAAGAUGGAGGACCAGGGGUUGAAGAGGAGGAGCAUGUCGCCGGGCUUUUCACCAUUCUUAGGUACCUUUAUGCUUUUGGUAUCUCUGAUUAUUUACCAUGUUUAAGAGGGUUUGACAUAGAUGGGCAUGUGAAGAUUAUGAAGAAAGCUCUUGGGACUGUAAGAAAAUAUCAUGAUCCUGAAAUUGACCAAAGAAUUGGGCAAUGGACGGAAGGUAGUAAGAAGGAAAAAGAAGACUUGCUUGAUGUUCUGAUUACUCUCAAGGAUAUAGAUGGUAGACCAGUGUUGUCAGCUGAAGAGAUCAAAGCCCAGAUUGUU